UAUUCCAAGAUACUGGCAGUACUCAAUUUUAUUUCGAUAAGUUGUUUUUUAAUUAUAAAAAUGCAUGCAAUUAUCAGCGUUUUGUUGUUCAGCCUUUACAGCAUCAGCAUGUAACAGACUUUUAAAUUCUCUCAAAACUCUGUAUGGACAGAAGUCACCCUUACACACCUACAGCGGAUAUUGGCACGGGUGUUAUAAAAGCGCGUGAGAUUUAAGAAACUGAGAUUACUAAGAUUUGGAGCAUUUUCUCCUGUAUCGCCCUAAGCUCACAGCGGUUCUGUCACAUGUCGGACUCUGCCGACAUGUGUCUUCCUGCGUAGUCAGCGCGUUUCCAGCGGCAGCAGCAGGAAUGCUGCUGAGGUAAUUUUGCUGGCUCAAAGGCGUACGUGCAGUCCCAUACGGACCUGGCCGCCGCCGCCACCAGACAUCACCAGGCAGCCUUCCCAAGUUUACCUAAACACCGGGCGCGCAGGGCAGGCGCGCCCGCCGGGGGCCGUCCUGCGCCUGCCCCCCGGCAGCGGCCGCCGCUCCCACUGUGGAUCCUGCAGGGAAUGUGGUCCCGGGCCGCGCCCCGGGCAGGAGCCUCCGCCGCACUGCGUUGGGAGCCGCCGGAGGGGCGGGGAGCGGGGGGGCCGCGCCGCCGGCACGGGGGGGGGGAACGGCCAACGUCCCCCGCGAGGCGGGCGCGCCGGCUCCGCCUCACAGGCCACGGCCGGCACGUUCCAUUUUCUCCGCGGGGUGAACCCCCCUCCCUCCGCCGCGGCGGCUCUGGCCGCCCCGCAGAAACAGAGCGUGGCGCCGGCGGCAUCUUCCUUCACACGCUGCCCUCAGGCUUGAGUGAUCCGGCCCACCUCUCCCCGCCGUGCCGGGCAGUGGUAGCGGCCGCUCCGCCGCUUCACCUCCCCCCCGGCUGUGGCGCGAGUGGUGCGUCCCGGCAGCAGGCGCGUCCCGGCCGGCGCCCGCCCCCCCGCGCCGUGUCAUUGAUGUUGUUGUUUGUGUCGCAGGAGCCGCAGGCCAGGCCGGGGCCGCCGCCCGGGGCCGCCGCCGCGGGGCUGGGGCCGGCGCCAGGGAUGUCGGUGUGCGGGGAGGCGGUGGGCGCCGGCUCCCUGCCCAGCGAGCUGGUGGUCCACAUUUUCUCCUUCUUGGCGGCCCCCGACCGGCUGCGGGCCUCGGCCGCCUGCUCGCACUGGCGGGAGUGCCUCUUCUAUCCGGCGCUCUGGCCGCGCCUCCGCCUCAGCCUCCGCGUCUCGCCCGCCGAGCGCCCGCGCCUCGAGUUCCUCAUGCGCAAGUGCGGCUGGUUUGUCCGUGAGCUCCGCGUACAGUUCGCCGCCGACAACUACCCCACCGGCGGCGGCGGGGCGGCGGCGGGCGAGGGCGCCGCGGUGGCGGGGGACGGGGAGGCGCCGCCGCCGCUGAGCCCGCGCUGGCUCGACCUGCUGAGGACUUACCUGGAGCUGGUGCUGUGCGUCCUGAGCAGCGUCCGCAACAACAGGAACCUCCAGAAGUUAAGUCUCUUUGGGGAUAUAAGCAUUCUGCAGCAACAUGGAACUAUAUCAAACACUUACCUUGGAAAGGUUGACCCUGAUGGCAAGAAGAUUAAGCAAAUCCAACAGCUGUUUGAAGAGAUAUUAGGCAAUAGCAGGCAAUUGAAAUGGCUGUCUUGUGGGUUAAUGCUGCAAAUAGUAACUCCCACAUCAUUGUCCUCCUUAUCAAACCCCAUAGCCAACACCAUGGAACAUCUGAGCUUAUUGGACAACCACAUCCCUGGUAAUACCACUCUUAUCACUGCGGUUGAAUUGGAGCGCUUUGUGAAUCUGCGUUCGCUCGCUUUGGAUUUCUGUGAUUUUACAGCUGAAAUGGCAAGAGUCCUGGCUGACAGCAACCAUGUGCCUUUGCAUCGACUGUCUCUCCUGGUCCACAGUGUUUCCAUAAUGCACAAGUCAUUGGACAAUAUGCCAAAAGAUGAGAAUUGGCAGGCGCUGACUCGCAACAGCACUAAUCUUCGGGUCUAUAUAAUGGCCUUUGAUGUCAAGAGUGAUGAUAUGUUAAGGAUUCUUAAGCCCAGUAUCCCCCUAGAGAGGAUUCACUUUGACAGCUAUGUCACUUGUGUUUCAGGAGCUGUUGUUGAUCUCAUAUCCAGGCAGUAUGACAAGUUCCUCACUCAUUUUAUACUAAUGAAUGAUGUGAUAGAUAUGUCUGCCUUCCCAGAUCUCAGUGACAACCGGAAUGAAGAUCCACUUGUCUUAUUAGCCUGGAGGUGCACAAGACUGUCUCUCCUAGCUGUUCAUGGUUACACAGUCUGGGCUCAUAAUCUUAUAGCGAUUGCUCGUCUUCGUGGCUCUGACCUGAAAGUACUGGAAGUCACAGAAGAAAGCAUUGAAUUUGACCAAGGAGAACUGGCUGAUCAGGAUGUGGAUCCAGUACACAAUUUCAUUGAGCAAGUAUCUCUCGGAUUGGGUCGCCCUUGGCACGCUGUCAUGGACAUAGAGCUGCUCAGUGUCUUCACUGAGCCAACCCGUCACUUUUACAGAGAGAUGCAAAGCUUCAGUGAAGGCAUUUAGCUCCUUAUUUACAAUUCCUGUGGUUACAUAUGCAAGUAGGGUCCUAUUAUGUUUUUUCGGUAGUGUGAAUUAACCCCUUUUGUGCUGUGUUUAAUCAGUAUUAGCUAUAUAGAAUUAUAUAUGUGUAUUCUACUUCUUGAUCAAAGAACGUAGUCGGGUAUUGGUUUAGAAGCUGAAAGUGGCAGUGUUUAGGGUUUUCACGGUUAAUGGACUUGUCUACCAAACCUUGCAAAGAUACAGCCAAAGGCUGUCUGAGGUUGCCGGCUAACUUUACUUUAAUUGAGUAACUGCAUUUUGAAUUCUUUUGCUAUUCUAUUGGAGUCCUGUGCUCGGGAGCCAACUGUUUUUAAUACCCAUAUCCAUAGCCCAGUGGAUCUCUAUGCUGUCAUUGUGUGCUUAAUCCAGUAGCAUGCUACUUAAUAGGCUUAAGGGACGAGAAGUCUAUCCAGGGCUGUUCACUGUAAGACUCUUACCUUGCUUGAUUUCACGUGCGGAUUCUGCAGCAUGGCUUAACUCCAUUCUCGGCUUUCCUUAGCUGCUAAGCGGAGGUGUGAAACACUAGCGGUUCAGGUUCCUGCACUUACAGAUCCACUCCAUAACUCUGUAGUCUUUUGGAUUCUUUGCAAACUCCUCCUUGUUUGUUCUCAUGUUCUGUCAUCUUCCUUAAAAGUUAGCUUUGGGCCAAAGUUUAAAAGGAGAAAGCAAGAAAUGUGCGCUCCGGUGAGGUAAACGCAUAACAGUGAAGAUUUCGAUACAAAGGUCUACACCUGCAAACAAACAUUAGUCGUGAAAUCCCUAACAACCAAGUCACUGGAUUUUCUCUGUCAGCGCCUGUGUCAGCUGCCAAAGAAUAGAUUAAAAACGAAGAAGUGCCCACAUGCUGGCAGGGGCAGGCCAACUUUUGGCCAGCCAGAUACUGCUAGAUUGUAAUAUAUAAGGUCGAAUUUCGACCUGUGGUACACAGCUGUGCUGUGGCUCAGUCAGCAACCUCAGAACUCUUAACAAACAUGCACCUGUUUCACUGUGAAUAGUGAAUGUAAAGGAAGGAAAGGAAACAAAUACAAAGCUUGUUCUAUCACAGGUAUGAGCUGCUAUGAUGCAUGAAGAACAUUCCAUGAAGUAUGUUUUAAAAUCUUGUUAUAUCUGAGAGGCUUUAGAAGCCGAUGUAACUGUUUCAGGGCAACCGCGGUACAGACGUGGUCUCUGUGAGACUUCCACCUGACCCCAGUUUUAAGUGGUACGAAUGUUGUGCAUUUAAUGUUUAAAGGACAGUCUGCAAUAAUAAAGUAAGUGGCCAACGUGGGUGCCCAGCAGUGCUGAGACCUGGCUGCUAUAUUGUAAGCUUUGGAAAACACAAUUUAUGCAACAGAUGUCCAGAUAUGAUUCUAUUUAUGGAAAAAGUUUAUAUGUGUUUUACAAAUGGUUUUACCAUCUUAUAUUAAAAUGACCUUUUGACAGGUGUGCGCUGUUUUGUCUCCAGUGAGCACAUACCAUGCGGAUUUUAUAUGUACAUCAGUAGAGUGAAUCCACUGGCACAGUGUGUGUAUAUGCCAGAUGUGGUGAGAUUUUAUCUUAUAAAUGUGAUCAGAUUAAAAAAAAACUCCUGACAGAAAAUGUAAGGAAACCAGCUGAAUGUUUGAAUUGAUGACUGAUGUUGUAUGGUUUAUGUUAAAUGUUAUAUUCUUUUAAUCAAUGAAUAAAGCAUUAAAAAUUGA